AUGUUUAAAACUGCAACUUUACGUGCGUCACAGCUUGUACGUCCUCGCUAUGUGCUUUCGAAGCCUAUAGGACUAGGUUGGACUUCUAUCCGUUAUAGUUCGAAUAACUCUGUCACUCCUAAUGUUUCCUCUGAAAUUCAGUCUACAUUGCCUUCUUUUGAUACCUCAACUGUGGACCAGUUGACUCAGGUAGCAGGUAACACUUCGGAUCAGAUAGGUUACCUUUCAUCUAUCGGAAUGGCCAACUCUUGGGUUUGGCCUACUGGUCUUCUUCAAAAUGUUUUAGAGCAUGUUCACGUAUAUGCUGGUUUACCUUGGUGGGGAACGAUCUGUACUGUGACUAUUCUCGUAAGAUUACUUUUGUUUCCAUUAUAUGUUAAGUACUCUGACAACAUUGGAAAAACUACUAAGAUCAAGCCAGAAUUGGAUGCUAUUAAUGCCAAGCUUUUGUCGUCUUCUGAUACUGUAAAUACUCAAAUGUUAGCUGUCGAAAGGAAACGACUAUUGCUAGAGAAUGGUAUCAAAAACCGUUAUUUGAUUGUUCCCGUAUUACAACUACCACUUGCAAUCUCUUUCUUUAGUGGGCUAAGGCAAAUGGCCAACUAUCCAGUUGAAGGGUUUUCCACACAGGGUAUUUUAUGGUUUACAGACUUAUCACAAGCAGAUCCGUACUUGGGCUUGCAAUGUUUGGCAGCAGCAAUGUUUGUCUCGUUAUCUAGGCUUGGGGGUGAAUCUGGCGCUCAACAAUUCUCUCCACUAAUGAAGAAAGUUUUUACCUUUUUACCUCUACUUUCUAUACCAGCCACUAUGAGUCUUUCAAGUGGUGUUGUGUUAUAUUUGGCAGUUAAUGCUUUCUGUUCAUUUAUACAGACAACUCUUCUAAGAAAUGCUUGGGUUAGAAGAAAGCUCAAUAUCACCGAAUCUGUGAAGCAUGCUGCAGUAGACCCUAAUGCUCCUCAGAAAGGUAUUAUACAAUUACUUAAGGACAAUAUUCGUAGCGCUAAAGAGCAGGCAGAAAAAAGGGCAGAAAUGAAAGUAAAGGCUAUGGACAUGGAAAAAGCUAUCAAGCAACAAAAGCUAGACUCGCGUAUCAAGAUUGUUCAAAGAUCUCAAUUGAAGAAGAAAUAA